GUACAAGGUGACUCUUCAAAAAUCUUGACUCAGCCUAUCAUCCGAUUAUUAUAUUCACUUUCACUCUGGCGCUUGAAAACAUAAACCAGCUACAAUUGAAUUUGAUCAGUGGUAUUUCGGAUUUCUGAUAUCUGAUCUGACAUAUCUUCUACUAUACCUGCCCCUUCUCUUUUACAUCGAAGGCAGAGACCAAGACCGCUGAAAAUAGAAUCCGCCUGACCUAGAAAAUUCCCAAGUCAACUGCGACUGCAACCACUCCACUUCAAGAUGCCAAUGUAUGGAAUUCCUUUGCGCCGCAUUCUCUCUCAAUGAUAUAGCACAAUUCUAAUCAUUUGAUUCUCAGGCUCAAUGACCCCUCAAAGAAGUACAAGCGCUUCCCUCCCCUCCAUCUUCCAGAUAGACAAUGGCCCGGGAAGACCAUUGACAAACCCCCACGAUGGCUCUCGACCGAUUUGCGCGAUGGGAACCAAAGCUUGGUCGACCCUAUGGUAUGCCAUCUGCGACUGACGAUUGAUUGAGAGGAACCACCGAGGCUAAUAUACUGAGUGUAGGACGGGGAGCAGAAAUGGAAGUAUUUUCAGAUGUUGGUGGAACUUGGGUACAAGGAGAUCGAGGUUUCCUUCCCCUCGGCCUCGCAGACAGAUUUUGAUUUCACAAGACGUCUCGUUGAAACCCCAGGCGCGACACCCGACGAUGUCUGGCUCCAGGUCCUUUCACCGUGUCGAGAGGAACUCAUCAAGCGGACCGUCGACUCCCUCAAAGGUGCCAAAAAGGCUCUCCUACACAUUUACGUCGCAACCAGCGAAUGCUUCCAGCGGAUAGUGUUUGGCAUGACCGAGGACCAGAAUGUGGAAUUGGCAGUCAGAUGUACAGAAUAUGCACGAUCGAUUACGAAAGACGAUCCUUCCCAGGCCGGUACGGAAUGGGCAUUUGAAUUCAGUCCAGAGACUUUCUCCGAUUCCAGACCCGAAUUUGUGAUUAGAAUAUGUGAAGCCGUAAAGGAAGCCUGGGGGCCUUCAGUCGAGAACCCAAUCAUCUUCAAUCUUCCUGCGACGGUCGAAAUGUCUACUCCAAACGUCUACGCUGACCAAAUCGAAUACUUUUGCAAAAACAUGACAGAAAGAGAGAAGAUCUGCGUGUCCCUCCACCCACAUAACGAUCGGGGUUGCGCGGUGGCCGCAGCGGAAUUAGCACAGAUGGCUGGCGCAGAUAGAGUGGAGGGGUGUCUCUUUGGAAACGGCGAGAGAACUGGAAAUGUUGAUCUUGUCACUCUCGGUCUUAAUCUUUACACACAAGGAAUCCACCCAGGUAUCGAUUUCUCUGACCUGAACCGAGUUAUUGAUGUGGUGGAAGUUAGCAACAAGAUUCCAGUUCACCCUCGAGCACCAUAUGGAGGUUCUCUCGUUGUGUGCGCGUUUAGUGGUUCUCACCAGGAUGCUAUUAAGAAGGGAUUUCAGGCACGCAAGCAGGCCGGAGCUACAGACGAGGACAAAUGGCAACUCCCAUACCUCCCUCUGGAUCCUCAAGAUAUUGGAAGAACAUACGAGGCCAUCAUCCGAGUCAACUCUCAAAGUGGAAAGGGCGGAGCUGCCUGGAUCAUUCUUCGAAAUCUCGAACUCGACUUACCUAGGGGCUUACAAGUUGCCUUUAGCAAAAUCGUGCAGAAACAGGCAGAUGCGGUCGGUCGUGAACUCCUCUCAGCCGAAAUCCAAGCUUUAUUUGAAAAGACAUAUUUUCUUAAAGAAAACCCAAGAUUCAUGUUGGUCGACUACACCAUUACUUUUGAUCGAUCCGUGUCACCAGCACCUCCCGCACCCGGUAAGACACAAGACACGAAGAAUCUCAAGAGGAUCUUCGAGGGGGUCAUCUCCAUCGAUGGACAAGAACACAAGCUUAGAGGAAAUGGCAACGGUCCUAUUUCCAGUUUAGCCAACGCCUUGUCAUCGGUAGGCAUCGAAUUAGAUGUAGCGAAUUACGUAGAGCAUUCCAUUGGAGCCGGACGAGAUUCCAAAGCUGCAUCAUAUGUCGAGUGUACGGCAACAGGAUCCAAUCAAAAGGUUUGGGGUGUGGGGGUGCACGAAGAUGUGGUGCAGAGUUCUUUGAUUGCUUUGCUGAGCGCAGCAAGCAAUGUGAGUACAGCAAGUUUCAAAUGUUGGUCUUUUCUUGCUGACUUGUUCAUAGUUCAUUGCUACUCGACCAAAUACGCCACUACUACUCCGAGGCAAACACGGACCGACGUUGAGCCAAGAGUUCAAUGUCAAUGGUGGAAGCCCGUUAAGAAAUGGAGGUAUAUCCGUGCCAAAGCCAAAUGGGGCGCCGGUGAGUGGGCCGGAUGCUCCAAGUGUUGUGAGUGUUCUCGAGGCAAAAGCGAAUGGG